AUGGCCUCGCCCUCCUCUCCUGCUUCUUCACUGAGCCCUGCGGCAUCCUCCAGCUCGACUCCAGGCCAGCCCCUCGUUGAGAAACCUCCUCCACCUGUCGACAUCCUUCCGUCACCUACCGCGCAAAUCUACUCGUUCGUGCAUCCGGCAUUGCUGCUGACGCUAUGUGCUAUCCGCUUUGAUGCAUUGAUUGCAAAUCCGGCCCGCGAGCUCCUGAAUAGCCUGCCAUGGCUGCUGCUCCUGCAGUUGAGCUACGUGAUGGUCUGUCUUCCGCCGGUUGGGACGGCACCGUCUCCUUCAUCUUCCAAGGUGGUGGACACGGGUUCACCGAUUCCCGGGGAUGGGGAGAGGAAAUCUGCUCCCCGAUCGCCCUCUUCGCCUAGCGUCGCGUUGCGACCCGGUAAGCCUGGCUACCGGCGGAAGCAACAGACGGGCAAGAACAUUUGGGCUGGCAUUUGGGCUAAAUUGAUGCCUGCUUUCCUUUCCCUCGCCCUCAUCUCUCUCCUGGCCACACCCGUUUUGGCCAUCCUGCUCGUCCUCUUCGGCGCUCCGCUCACCACCCAAAACGCCGAAACUAUGCUCUGCGCCGCCCAUAUGGCUGUUCUUUCUGCGACUGCAUUGGUAUACGUUCAUGGAGUCGACGGUGUGGCCUGGAAAGAAAUCUGGGGCUUCGCUCGUCCGGCCGACUCGGUCUGGGGCGGCGCUCUGGGGACGGGCCUGGGAGCAUGGUUCGGUGCUAUUCCCAUUCCAUUGGACUGGGAUCGGCCAUGGCAAACAUUCCCUAUCACUAUCCUGGUUGGGGCCUACAUCGGCCAUGCCGUGGGUUCGUUGGUGUCUCGGUCUCCUCUUCUCUAUGGGAAGCGGGUUCAAUUUGCUCCGGAGGACAAUGAAGAUGCCGAAAAGAAGACAAACUAA